AAACAAGAGAAUCCGAACCCAGCAAGGAAGAUCAAAACUCGAAAAAGAGGACUUGAUACAGUCGACCUUACUCAAUUUGAUCAUCUAGGAUCUGCAUCGAUGCUGUGCAAACCCCUGCGAACGCGAUGGAGAUGAAUGUUUUACCUUUCAAAGGUUUGCCUGUAACAACAAGGUCUAUGAAGGGUACAUCCACAGACAAACCCUAACCCAUACGAGAACCACUCCUUGAGAGAUGAUUUGAGAGCAAGAGAAGGGGGUAGCCACGUGAUGCUUCUUUCUCUUGCCUCUGCAAGCAUGCCACCACUUUUGCGUUCCCCAUAUAUAGAGGGCUCUAGGCCAUCAAGGUUUCUUUGUCCCUGUACAUAUAAGACGAGCAUUAAAUUAGGAAAGCCCAUCCAAAUCUCCAAACCUCCUCUCGCUUAAAACGAACAGAGUGGCUAAAUUCUACGGAAGAAAUUGUGUUGAACAAAGUACCUCAUCUUCUUCAAGCGAGGCUCCAUUUGCAAGCUUUCAUCUUCUUCAACAAGAGAAUUGGAUCAUUUCAGAAGUAUGAUUGUAGUAUAAAGUUUAAAUUAUCAAGCAAUUCUCCUCAUAUAUGUUGAGAAAUCCGUCAUGAUCAAUAUGCUUCAGCAAUUCUCCUCAUAUAUGUUGAGAAAUCCAUCAUGAUCAAUAUGCUUCGGCACCCGGUUUUCUUCACUGGGUUCUUUGAUCGUUCCAUCAAAUGGGUAUGCCAAACCCAUUCUCUUCGACAAUCCAAACCAAUAAAAUUCAUUAAAUUGGGGAAGAAAAGGCCUCAAAGAUUACCAAAAAGAUUACCAAAAUCACAUGAAAAGGCAGAGGAUCAGAAACCAGUUGUUUAUAUGAGAGCUGUCAUUGAGAAUAUAUCCAGAAUUUUAAGGUUUUCUACAUGGGCUUUGGCUUGUGAGCAAUUGGAGAAUCUUUCGAUAAAAUGGGAUUCCUUUACAAUAAAUCAAGUGCUCAAAUCCCAUCCCCCAAUGGAAAAAGCGUGGCUCUUUUUUGACUGGUGUUCACAUCUUAAGGGCUUUAAACAUGAUCAGUUCACAUAUACUACAAUGCUUGAUAUAUUUGGAGAAGCUGGAAGGAUCUCAUCUAUGAAAUAUCUGCUAAAUCAGAUGGAAGAGAAGGGUAUAAAGAUAGACACGGUUACUUAUACUUCGGUUCUCCACUGGCUCUCGAAAGAUGGGGACAUUGAUGGGUCAUUGAAUGUUUGGAAGGAAAUGAAAAAUAAGGGAUUGGCCCUCACCGUGGUUUCUUAUACCGCCUUUAUGAAGGUCCUUUUCGACCAUAAUAGGCCAAAAGAAGCUGCUGCAGUCUAUAGGGAGAUGAUUGAAGCAGGAUGCUCCCCCAACUGCUACACUUACACAGUUUUGGUUGAGUAUCUUGCUGGAUCUGGUAACUUCAAGGCAGCAUUUGAUAUCCUAACCAAAAUGCAGGAAGUGGGGAUCCAACCCGAUAGGGUGGCUUGCACCAUUCUGGUUCAGAAAUGCUCUGAAGCUGGUAAAAUACCAGUUUUGUCCCAAACUCUUCUUUACAUGAAGGAAAACUCUCUAAUUCUCCGGCGACCCAUUUAUCUGAAAGCCCUAGCAGCUCUGAACAUGGCUGGCAAAAGUGAGAAUCUCCUCCGAGAAGUCAAUCCUCAUUUCUCUUUGGAAGGAUCCAUUGAGGAGGCAAAUUCAUUUAACAUUCAUCCUCAUAUAGACAGAGAUAUUCUCAUCAAUCUUUUGGCGCAAAGAAACUUUGUUGCAGUAGAAAGAUUACUAGAGGGAAUCAUGGAGAAGAAUGUCCAGUUGGAUGCUACACUUAUUGCCACCAUUAUCAGGGAAUUUUGUGCUAAUUUUAGCUCGUCUGGUGCAUGGGUUGCUUUUGAAUAUGGUAGAAAGGCAGGCUUAAAUCUUGAAAGAGCUGCAUAUAUUAAUUUAAUUGGGUUCUUCAUGAGACAUGGUUUGCAUGAAAAGGUUGUGGAGAUUGUUGAAGAAAUGGGCAAAAUGGGUGUCCUUUUUGGAACUUAUCUUGUAUCAAUUUUGAUUUUAAGACUUGGGUCCAUUGGUAUGCCUUCUUUUUGUGAAAGGAUUUUUUAUUCUUUACCUGGUGAGCAGAAUAAUGUCACUUAUACUGCUCUAAUGGAUGCCCAAAUAAAAUCUGGUUUUCUUGAUAAAGCUCUUGAGCUUUACUCGAGUAUGAUAAGGCAUGGGAUCAGCGCUUCCUCGGGAACAUUUGAAGUUUUAGGGAUGGGCUUGGAAGGAGCUGGAAGGUCUCAUGAAGCAGAAAUAUUUAGGAAGCAACAGAAAAAGUUAGCUUGUACUGGUUAUCAUAAGGGGCUUCUUAUAGAUCAUAAUUUAUGCAGUGCUCUCUUUGAUAAUGGCUACAAGGUUGCUUACUGAUAUGAAGUUGUCUUCAUGUCAUGAGAGCCAAUGCUGAAGGAUGCCGAAUGACCAUUAGCAUCAAAAGGCUAGGAUGAGGAAGUGUCCACUGUCAAUUUCAUGAGCUGUAAAUUGUGGCAAAACUUCCAAGCUAAGCUUGAUGGAAACUUGGGCAAAUUUCAUGAUGCAUAUUUGUUGUUGCCAAGAGAGAAAUGUUGCUGAGGAGGGAGGGACGGAUAAUGCUUACAUGUGAGAGAGAGAGAGAGAGAGAGAGAUUUUAAUCAAUAGGGCUUCCUCUGUUUCUCCACUCAUUGCUCCUAGGAUGCUGCUAGCUGGUCAUUCAUGACAAAAUGACAAAAGAUCUCAACUGGCUGGGUUAAAUGGGGAAUUGGUGCCAAUAUCUUAUUCGAUGUCAGCAGUUUCUUAGCAGGGCGGUGCUUGGGUUGAAGGAAGAUAAAAGGUUUGCAAAAAUUGUCCUGUGUGGACCACUAAAUGUUCAAGGAAGGUGUUGCCUUAGAACCUGAUGAGUGAACUCCUGCUAUUCAAAGGAGCGUAGAAUGAUGGACAGGGGUUCUAGUUUCUAUUCCUCUUUUAUCUGAUCCGUUGAAUAUAUUACUGAAUAAUAUGUUGAACUAGUUUGAUGAGGGUGUAUAAUUUGUUUGCAUUUGUCCUCUGAUCAAUCUUUUGUUUUGCUUCAA